AUGACGGUGUUCAAGUGGGAGCAUGGCAGAAUUGGAACUGGUUCUCAGUUGGUGGCCAUCAGAGUCACCUGGAGUGCUCUUUACAACCCAGCUGGCUUGGCGGAGCCCUGGCUUGGGGCUGGAGACACCACCACGCGGCUCUUGCUGGGGGCCAUCGCCGUCCUGCUUUUUGCCAUCCUGGUGGUGAUGAGCAUCUUGGCUUCGAAGGGCUGCAUCAAGUGCGAAGCGCCCUGCCCGGAGGACUGGCUGCUCUUCGGCAGGAAAUGCUACUUUUUCUCCGAGGAGCCGAGGGACUGGAACACGGGCAGGCAGUACUGCCACAGCCACGAGGCGGCGCUCGCUGUCAUCCAGAGCCAGAAGGAGCUGGAGUUCAUGUUCAAGUUCACGAGGAGGGAGCCCUGGAUUGGCCUGCGGAGAGUUGGGGACGAAUUCCACUGGGUCAAUGGGGACCCAUUUGAUCCGGACACAUUCAGCAUCUCCGGUCCAGGGGAAUGUGUGUUCGUGGAGCCCACCAGGCUGGUGUCGACAGAGUGUCUCAUGACCCGGCCCUGGGUGUGCAGCAAGAUGGCCUACACGUGAGGGACCGCAGGCUGGAGGC